AUGGCUAAGAAUCAUCCCGAAGUUGCAAGCGAGGACUUGAGCCAGCUGUCAGACGAUGAUCUUCUACGGUGCGGCAAAGAUGAGCUUGUCCGCAGACUACGCAGAGUGGACGGGGAGAAAAUGAACUUGAUGAUUGAGCACGGGAACAUGAUGAAAGACAUCAACAGACGCUUGCAGGUGCACCUCCAUGAGAUCCGCAGCCUGAAGGACAUCAACCAGAAACUCCAGGAUGACAACCAUGAGCUGAGAGAGCUGUGCUGCUUCCUGGACGAUGACAGACAGAAGGGGAAGAAGCUCUCUCGUGAGUGGCAAAGGUUUGGCAGGUUCACCGCCAGCGCCAUGUGGAAAGAGGUGGGCACUUACAUGCUGAAGCUGAAGGAGCUGGAGUCCAACCAGGAGAGUGUUUUGAGGGAGAACAACGAGCUGAAGGAGAUCAUCCUCAUGCUGGACGAGGACCGGAACGGUGCAGGGUCCAGGAGCUCCAUAGACUCACAGUCCAGUCUGACCAACCUGAACGGGGGCACUGGGACCGUCAGGGAUGUGGGGGACGGAAGUAGCACCUCCAGCACGGGCAGCGCGGGGAGUCCGGACCACCACAACCACAACCAUGUGCACAACAAGCCCGCGGCAGAAGGCAGCAAGCUGGGGACAAACAUGAGGAGGUCCAUGGACGACCUGUCCGCGCCCCAUCACCAUCGGAGCAUCCCCAAUGGCCUCAACGAUCCCUCCUCCAACUACAUCCGGCAGCUGGAGACCAAAGUGCGCAUCCUGGAAGAUGACAACAACAAACUACUGUCUCAGGCCCAUAGCCGGUAUAGUUUAUCACAGAUCCCCAGCAGAAAGUGUAACCCAGGCGACCUCCGAGCUUUGAGGAAAGGCAUGGGUCUGUACCACUCCGAGUCGCAGCUGUCGUCACUGCCGCAGAGACAGGAGGCGCUGCACAUGGGUUCUGGGCGUCUUCCCACCAGCGAGUCGUCUCCUGCCACUGGGUACCUGUCCUGUGCGCAGAAGCCUGAGGCGGUGGUGCACGCCAUGAAGGUGCUGGAGGUGCAUGAGAACUUGGACAAACAGGUCCCUGAGGACUACGAGGACGAUCUCAGCGAAAAGGAGAAGGCCAUAGUCAGAGAAAUGUGCAACGUGGUGUGGCGAAAACUGGGGGACGCGGCCGGAUCAAAGAAGUCCGUCAGACAGCACCUCUCCGGGAACCAGUUCAAAGGGCCUCUGUAA